CUCAUAUUUCAUUGUCGAUGUGCGGUCAUUUGAGGGAUAGAAAUGAUGAUAGAGCCGUUUGGUAUGCUAUCGAAGCAUGCUUUAUGUCAUGUAUGCGAAUGAUGUGACUUCAACACAAUACAGAUGACAAGCUAGUACAAAGGUACUACAUUUUUUGUACAAUGGCAUCACCUGAUUUGUUGAUGUGGUUAAGGGUUAUGAUCCUUGAAAGUGUUUUUCACAGUUCAGAAACGGAUAAACAAUUCUAUGACCCAUGAUGACACUCGAUGACAACUUUCAAACAAAAUCUGCCAAGGGCUACAUUGUCAUAUGGUCUCCUCGCUACAACCAGUUUUGGACCAAUUGGGAGGUCCAUAGGUGGUCGUUGGAGACUUUAUUUACACCAUGUGAGCGCUCGUCAAAUUCACGGACAACUAUCGAGCUCGUUCCCACCCACUGAUCGGCUCAGCUUUACUGCAUAGCAUCAGCAACGCCAUGAUUUGAUUAGUAUUUAUUAUAUUAUGCAACUUUAAUAGGCAUUAAUUCACGAUUAAGUCAUUCUAACACUCGUUUAUUUUUCUGGGAAAACUCUGAGGCAGGCUAUGCAAAGGCUUCACUCUUUCUACAUGAGAGGGCUCAUAGUCAUUUCACAUAAUGCAUGAACGGGUGGCGGGAGUUAUGCAGUUUGUGUGACAAUCUAUUUGACUAGUAAGAGAGAGGAACAUCCCUACUAGAGAUCACUAGUAAUGCAUGUGAUGUAGAGUUCGUUCAGAAGUUGUGAUUGUUUUUGUUAGAUUGUUACUAUACUUGCAUCUUUUAGAAUGCUUAAUUUUUUAGAUUUUUUAGCACGAAAUACAUGGAUUGUUUAUGUGAUGUGACAGAAAGUAUCACUUAAAAUGAGUGAUUGUUAUAUCUCAGCUUUUAGCUGAAAUUGUUGAGUUGAUAUUGUUUUGUCCAAACUUUUAGCUAACGUGACAUACACAAUCUCACAUAUCAAAACAUUGUAUUUUAUAAUGCAUAAAUUACAUCAAUACAUCUAUUACAAUCUCAACUUCAAAUAACCUGGUAGUUGGUUGUUACUAUUUAUCUGAACAUUUAUCUAUGUUUGUGUUUAUCGUACCAUGUGUAAAAACAUUGAACUAUGUUUUCUAUUUGUGGGGUCCCCCGAGUAUUGAAUGAUUUAGCAUGAGAUGAACUUCUACUUAUAUUUAGGGGUGGCAGUCGGUCGGUUUUGGUUUAACCAAAAACCGAAUUAUCGAUUUUCGGUUAAACCGAACCUUCCCCAUAUCUGCCGACCACCGACCGUGAGAGAAGUCGCGGUUAGCCGACCACCGACCGACCGAUUUUUGGUUCUGGUUCGGUUAUACCGGAACAACCGAAUUUAUUAAAAAAAAAAGGAAAGGAAGUAAAAAACCCAAUACCCACCCCACCCACCUCUUCUCCUCUCCUCUCCCUACCACUUAAUUCUUAUCUUCUUCCUCCUUCUCUCUCCUUCUCUCUCCUGCCUUCCUCCAAAAAGAACCACCAGAGGGCAGAGAUAAGCCCUUUUCUUCCUUCUCUCUCCUUCCUCCAUUUCAAACCCACAAGCCACAACACCCGAUCACUCCUUCCUUCUCUCUCCUUCCUUCCUUCAUUUCAGAUUUAGACACCACGGCGGCCGGUCGCGGAGGAGAAGCAGAGGCACACCGGCGGCCACGAAGGAGAGCGAAGGGAGACAUCCCCGGCGCAGGGAGAGGCGAAAAUGGAGAGGGAAGGGAUGGCGAUGGGAGACGCGCGGAUGCCUGGGAUCGUCGGGGAUGGGAGAUGGCGAUGUCGGAGAGUAAUCGGCGAGGAGAAACGAUGCUAUCUCUGGCUCUGGCUCGCGGUGCCCGGUCGUCGAGGAGGGCGGGGAGGGGAGACGGAGUCAUCGGGGAGGGUGGCUGGAGUUUGGAUGGCGGAGGGCGAAGGUAAUGGCAGAGCUGGGCUGGGAUUUGAAUGGCGGAGGGCUGGGAUUUGAGUACGAAGAAGAAAGAAUUAGGGUUGGGGUUUUAUUAAAAGGAUGGUUGGUCGGUUAUGUUCGGUUAGUCGGGUAACCACGGUUAAUCAUCCUCGGUUACUAGGCUAGCCGAAAACCAGCUUUAUUCUACCGAACACCGACCGAGGCAAAUAACCGUCGGUUUUCGGUUAGCUACUAACCGAUGGUUAUCGGUUGAACCGGCCGAUUAGCCGCUAACCGGAAACCGAACUGCCACCCUAAGUUAUAUUUCAUAACUAAAGAAUCAUCAAUGAAUGCUAAAAUUUAUAGGCUCGUUACUUCUAUUAAUCAACUUCAUGGGUUCAAACUAUCAUAAUAUGUCGCUACUCCAAGAAAAAUUGAUCCCAACCAUGCACGUUCACCUUACAAUGAGCAUCUCAAGGAUUCACAAAUGGAGGCAUUGGUAGUCUAUCUUGACCAAAGUCAACUCUCACCCAGUGAUCGCCUUUGAAAUGUAAUGUCAGAAUACUACGAGGUCCUCUUACGGUCUUACCCCUGAAGGAUCAAGCAAAGGCAAAAUGUUGUGUCAGAUGCCCUCAUAUAAGACAAGAUAUCCCAUGAAUCGCUCUCCAAGGGUCCCUAGGGUCCGGGAACAACCUGAGAGGAGGAGGAGAGCAGGCGGGGGAUAUAAAGGCUGAAACUCGAGUUUUAGGGCUAGUUUUCAGCAAAAUAUUAAUUUUUAUCUUGGUUUUGAGCUUUAGACUUGAACUUUUCUCUGUAUCAAUUAGACCUGGCAACCGGGUCGGGUUUGGUAAUUUUGGUUUGGGAACUUCGGUUACGGGUCGGGUCAUGUUUGGUUGGCUUAUUUCGGGUCAAAUAUUGACCCAACCCAUUAGGUCUCGGGUCGGGUUACAGGUCAUUUCUGGUUAUGAGCGUUUUCGAUCAGAAACAAUAUCAAACAUGCUUCAUAUUUCCUUAAAGAACACAAAUUUUCACAUAUGCAUGACAAUAGUUUACCUAACACAUGUCAAUUAACAUAUUCUCAAAUCCUCCCACGCUAAUGAAAUGAAAUAUAAAUUGCGCAAAUCGUCAAAAAAACAAUCACAAGAGUAAUACUACUACAAGAAACACAUGAUAUUUGAUUAUCCUUAAACUCCAAACAUGUCAUUCAAAUCCUUGUGAGUUUUUGUAAACAUCUCACCAAUUUAUGAGUGAUUUUAUCAUAUUUUGGGAAUAAUAUAUUAAAUAAAACGGGUCUAACGGGUCGACCCGCUAACCCACCCAACCCGACCCAAAAAAUCACGGGUUAUCGGGUUUGGGUCAUUGGGAUUUCGGGUUACAAAAAUUUCUAAUUUUCCGGCUGUUUCGAGUCGGGUCAACGGGUCGGGUUGUAAUUUGCCAGGUCUAGUAUCAAUCAAGUUUUCCCCCUUGAUUGUGGUCGAGAUUAUAUCUUUUUAUAUUGAUUGAGACUUCUCCCCAAUGUUGUCAGAACCGAACCGGAGUAUGACCCGCUAACGUGAACGACUAGGUCUUUAGUGGUCCAACCAGCAUUAGACCGUUUAAAAACCGUUUGAGAACCGGUACCUAAUAAACAGUCAUCUAUAUAAAUAGUAGACACUUCUUAAUCAUGUAUCAGUUCCCACCCAACUUUUCUCCAUAGACAAUUAACUUCAAUAUAUUUCUCACUUUUUU